AUGUCUGGGGAGUGUCAGAGCCCAGUGUGCAUCUUUGUGGUCAGCCAAACAUCCAGCAGCAAGAACAUUAGUGCUGGGAGCACUAGCAGCAGCAGCAGCAGCAGCAAUGGCAUUUGGGCAACAGAGGUGGCCAGGGCAUCCAAAGGGACAGGGCAAUGGAGAUAUGGUGGUUUUGGAGGCAUUCCUGGUGGAUCUGGGGGCCAUGAGGGUUCAGGGGGCUUUCCCCUCAGCAUCCAGGAGGUGACCAUCAACCAGAGCCUCCUUCAGUCCCUGAACAUAGGAAUCAACCCUCUAGAUCAGGAGGGUGAAGACCAAGAGAAGCAGCAAAUCAAGAUGUUCAAUGACAAGGUUGCUUCCUUCAUCGACAAGGUGUGGUUCCUGGAGCAGCAGAACAAGGUCCUCGAGACCAAGUGGACCCUCCUUCAGGAGCAGGGCUCCAGUUCUAAUAGCAACGACAACCACCUUGAGCUUUUUGAGAACUACAUCAGUAGCCUCAAGGCCUUCCUGGAUGGGCUGCACACAGAGAAGGACAAGCUGGAGGGUGAGCUGAGGAGCAGGGAGGAGACGGGAGAAGACUUCAAGAAGAGGUAUGAAGAGAAGACCAACAAGCGCAUGGCUGCAGAGAAUGGCUUCGUGGUCUUGAAGAAGGAUGUCGAUGUUACCUACAUGACCAAAGUGGAACUGGAGGCCAAAGUGGAGACUGUGACAGAUGAGAUCAACUUCCUGAAGGCCCUCUAUGAUGCUGUGAACACCAGUGACACGUCUGUGGUCCUGUCCAUGGACAACAGCUGCUGCCUGGACCUGGACAACAUCACUGCUGAGGUCCGUGCACAGUAUGAGGCGAUUGCCCAGAGGAGUAAGGCAGAGGCCGAGGUGCUCUACCAGACCAAGUUGGGGGAGCUGCAGACCACAGCCGGCAGGCAUGGAGAUGACCUGAAGAACACCAAGAGCGAGAUCUCUGAACUCAACAGAAUGAUCCAGAAGCUGCGGGCCGAGAUCGAGAGUGCCAAGAAGCAGAAUGCCAACCUGCAGACAGCCAUCGCUGAUGCAAAGCAGGGCGGGGAGCUGGCCCUCAGGGACACCAAUGCCAAGCUCUAAGACCUCAAGGCUGCCCUGCAGCAGGCCAAGGAGGACCUGGCCAGGCUGCUCUGGGAGUACCAGGAGCUGAUGAAUGUCAAACUGGCCCUGGACAUUGAGAUUGCCACCUACCGGACCCUCCUGGAGGGCGAGGAGUGCAGGAUGUCUGGCGAGUGCCAGAGUUCUGUUAGCAUUGAGAUGGUACACAACACCAGCAGCGGAGGCGACAGCGGCUGUGCCCAGGGAGGGGCCGCCCUGGAAGGCAGAGCUGGGGCCCACAAGGGCCUGGGCUCCAGAGGGGGCUCGGUGGUACGCGGGGGCUUCUCUAGUUCGGGGGGCUCAUGUGCCAUCAGUGGGGGUGGCAGCAACAGCUCCCGCCAGGUCUUGCAAAGUUCCUCCCAGAGCUGGCGGUCCCACCACAAAUUUCCCACCUGGCGCCAUGCCCCAGGUGUCUCAAGACCCCAGCCCCCUUCGUCUGCCUGCACACCCCAGUUCUGCGUGCUGUUCCACAACCCGUGGGACCCUUUACCACUGCAUCUCUGA